AUGCAGCACAGGGGAGGUUCCGAGGAUUGUGAAUCAGAUGGACGAGUGCUAUUCCUACUCUCUGCAGAACUGGAAAGCUCACAGAGUAAUUCCAAGACGAAACAUCUGCAGGGUCAUCGCCCUUGGUUGUUCUUGGUCCAGGGAGCCUGGCCACAUGAGGGUGGUCAGGACAAGCCCUUCCUGUCUGCCUGGCCCAGCGCAGUGGUACCUCGAGGAGGACACGUGACUCUUAGGUGUCACUAUGGUGGUGGGUUUAACAACUUCACCCUGUAUAAAGAAGACAGGUUCCACGUUCCCAACGUCCAGGGCGUUAUAUUCCAGGAGAGCUUCCUCAUGGGCCCCGUGACUGCAGCACAUGCAGGGACCUACAGAUGUCGGGGUUUUCACCCGCACUCCCCCACUCGGCGGACGGCACCCAGCGACCCCCUGAAGAUCAUGGUCACAG